GCAACUUGUAAUGGAUAGCAACCACACCCUGUCACUUUUGGCUGGACUUUUUCCACAGUUGCAGCUUGCUGCUCUGUUCUCUCUCUCUUUCUCUCAGUAACUUUGGCAAUAAUUAUGGCUAAAGCCUUUUGUGUGUCUCCUCUGGGGCUCAUCUCUACUUAUAGGGCACCUCUGCGUUCUAUGCUGUCUCGUUCAGGAGCUGUGCUCCCACUGUACUCGAGCUUAACUCCACCUCUCUUUUAACCUCCUAUUCAAUGCUUGAAUAAUUGAGUCCGGUGUCAGUAGAUCGAGUAGUGGUGAUGGGGAAGGCCAAGCGCCAGCCGGUACUGCUGCAGCUCCUCUGCUCGUAAGCCUCCUCGCUUUGUCUGCCUCUGUUGCCUUCCCGUAUCCCCCUUUCAUCUUGCCGAGUGGAGACUUUUACUGGAUUCUUCAACUGCGCGAAGCCUUUUGCGAGCUUGUUGGAUUGCUUCCCUCAUUUGCUCAGCGUUUGAUGGAGUGGAGCAGCUCCAAGGUGCCGUAUUGGGACAUGGCGGAGCUGGAGCAGGGGGCGGAGCUCAACGUGGGCGCUUUGGCGGGUCCGAGCUUUGUCCUGGGGAGCCAGAGCGGCGGGUUGGUGGAUUGCUCGGUCGAUCUGAGGCUGGGUGGGUUGGGUGAGUUCGGGCCGCCGGAGAGGUGGCUCCCCGUACCCGCAUCGACCGCGGCGGCGGCGGCAGCCGUUCCGUCGAGGAGAGCCCGUGCGGGAAGCAAUGCCGGCGCCUCGUGCUUAGUCGACGGGUGCAAAUCCGACCUCAGCAACUCCCGUGAAUAUCACCGGCGGCACAAGGUCUGCGAGGUCCAUUCCAAGACGCCGAUGGUGAUGGUGGGUGGCCAGGAGCAGCGCUUCUGCCAACAGUGCAGCAGGUUUCACCAACUGUUGGAGUUCGACGAGGUCAAACGUAGCUGUCGAAAACGCCUAGACGGCCACAAUCGACGCCGAAGGAAGCCUCAACCCGAAUCCAUCAAUCCUGGAAGCUUAUUUCCAAACACUCAAGGAGGCAGCUUCUUGAUGUACCCUCCUCCUCCUCCUCAUGGGAUCCCAUCUCCAACACAAGGGCACAGCACCUGGUCUGGGAUCGACAGCCAGCAAUGCUUCUCUGCCUCAUCGAGCACCAAAAACAUAAAACAGUUCUCUUUUCUGCAAGAUGACAGCAGCCGUUUCUCGCAGCCCACAUUCCACGCCAUGCUCAAGGCGACGUCGACAGCAGAGAGUGGCAGCGGCAGUAGCAGCAGCAAGGUUCUCGCCGGAGGAGUGCCGCCUGAGCAAAUCCUCGACUCCGACUGUGCUCUCUCUCUUCUGUCAGCAGCUCAGGGAUCGGGAGGCAUCGGCGUCGGCCAACUGCUGCCUGCCGGAAGGAUACCCGUGCACCGGCCUCUGGUUUCCGAUCUCGCCUACGCCACUGCUCGACCUUCGAGCUAUGCUUCGGCGCAACCAGUUGCCUUUUCUUGUUUCGAUGAUCCAGAAGGCAAUGUGUUCGUUUGCGAGGCCGAGACCGGCCUUCAGUGCCAGUGCGUGUUCAAUGCGAUGGGCGGAGCAGGGUCGUCCGGCGAGGCCUCCCAAGCUCUUCCAUACCCAUGGCAGUAGCUCGAUAGAUGCCUGCACUUUUCAUGAUCGAUUACAGUCCCUCAUUGUUGGUGCGAGACUACAGAUUAUGUUCUAGUACAUGAAUUCAAUUCAGGAUCUGGAUCUGCAUGCAUGUGCCGAUUGUCCUCAUCCUAAAUGCGUACUGUCGUUUUAAGGUUUCAGGAGGGUUUCAAGCAAUGAAAAGCUACAUUUUCCACUGUCUACCUACUGUUAAACCUAGCGCUUAGAUCGGUCAAAGUCUUAGUGAAGCUUUGUGCCAUCGAUCUAGUGAAAUUAAUUGGUGAACUUGAUAUCUAAAUU